AUGAAAAACUUUGCAACUAACCCCAAAAAUAUUGGUGGAAUGAAGAUGCUUAAUGACAAUAUGUUUUUACAUCAUAAAGCACUGAUAGAUGCUAAGCCGGCUAUAAAAAUUAAACCACCCAGACCUCAUGUAAGCAACAUUAAAAAAGUGGAUCCCUAAAAACCCAAAGAAAUUGAUCUUCCAAUGUAUAAGAAUAAAAAAGAAUUUGAUCAAGUUAUGAAAACAUUUCAAACUGUAAUUGGCAUGAAAAAGGGGAGAAUUAAUUCAGAUGCUCCAAUUACAAUGGAAUUUCGAAGGAACAUCUCAGGAAAUGCAACAAAAAAAGAAAAAUUUGAAAGAGAUCAACACAUUUUGAAUUUAUAAUCCCAAUAUAGAAGAAUUGCAAGUGCUGGAAGCAUGUAAGAAAGAAAGAAAAAUUCUAAUGAUCCAAUAGCCCAUCCUCCUAGGUUCUUUAGAAGAGAAGGGGAAACUAUGGCAAAUAUUAAAAUUGACAAAUUGUUACACCAUUUUACAAAAGAAUAAAGAAUGCUUGAAGAAACUCCUAAUAGCGAACUCUCUUAAAAGAUCGAAGAAUUAAAUAAAAAGAAGGUUCAACUCUCAAAGCCAAAGCAACCGAGAGCAUAAUCAGCUAAACUUCCUACCUAAAAAUCUGAAUCUUCAAGUAGAAUUAAAACUAGAAAUGCUGAUGACAUUACUACUGAAGUGAAAGACAUUCCUAGGGUAUCCACUAGUUCAGAAGAGGAUCUAGAAAAAUUAAGGCAAAUGCUCAUAAGGAUAAUUUUCCAUCAUAAAAUUUUCAAGACUUAAGACUUAGAAACCCUAUUCGCUCGAGUAUUAAAUUAAAAUCCUUAAAUUGAUUUGAUCAGAGCAGAAAUACUCUUUGAAAUGAUUAGAGAACAACUAAAAUCGUAAUGA